AGAUAUCCUGCAAUGCUACAUGGGACAACAUCAUGUGCUGGCCACCAACACCUGCCAACAUAAGGGUCACACUGCCAUGUCCGCCCGUGCAAGGAGUCGACCUUAAGCAGACGGCAUACAGAACGUGCUCCUCGGAUGGCCGGUGGAUGGGGAAGGACCCUUUUAGUAACGCUACCAAUGGCUGGACGAACUACACUGCUUGCUUCACUCCCAAUGUGCUUGAUCUCCUGAAUCAGCUGUAUUCCGGUACUGAGGAAGAGGCACAGAUAAAGUUUCUCGUGGCGAAGGGAUCCCGAGCACUAGAGAUCAUCGGAGAAGCUCCGGAACAACCGCACAAGAAUCCACAAGAAUCUCUUCGCCGCCAUGAUCCUUCAGGUCCUCGUGCGCCUCAUCCUCUACGCCGACCAGGCCAUCGUCAGGGGAGAUUCGACCGGCCUCGGCUCCGGCCUCUCGACGGAGCGCCAGGGGAUCGACAGCACGCCGAUUUUGUGCGAAUCCUUCUACAUCUUUCUGGAAUACGGUCGUUCAGCGAUGUUCAUGUGGAUGUUCAUUGAAGGGAUGUACCUGAACAACCUUAUCAGCGUCGCCUUUUUCCAAGGACCACCCAACUACAGCGCAUACUACUUCAUUGGAUGGGGUAUUCCAGUAUUCAUGACAGCCUCGUGGGCCGUCGUGAUGUCCCUCUGGAUGAACGUAGACUGCUGGCUCGGUUACUCACUCACACCCUAUUAUUGGAUUCUGGAGGGACCACGUUUUACUGUCAUCGGGGCAAAUCUCCUGUUUCUCCUCAACAUCAUGAGGAUUCUGAUAAGCAAACUACGUGAAGCAAGUUCCAGUGAGGUGCAGCAAAUAAGGCCCCUCCGGAGAUCAGUGCGCAACGCUCUCUUCCUCCUGCCGCUCCUGGGAAUCACCAACGCCAUCACCAUGAUUCCCAAGCCCCUGGAACGGUCGGCUUUUGAGUUUGGCGUCUGGUCCUACGGCACGAAUCUGCUGACGUCAUUCCAGGGCUUCGUUGUAGCCUGCAUCUACUGCUUCUUCAAUGGAGAUGUAAAGCGGACCCUGUGUUACUUCUGGAGGCUCAAAGUCACGCUUCGAACUCGCAAGCAAAGAUCCGAAGCUUCGUCGGCUUUUCCCGACCCUGACGUCAUGUACGAUGCCGGUUUCGCUCAUCGGCCGAAGCUUCAUUUCAAGGCGCGCAGCAAGUCCUCCAGCGACAAGGGCCUCCCAAACGGGCACCUGCAGUCGCUGCACAGCCUGGGCGGCUACCACAGCAGCCACAUGCUGCACCGCGAGGAGCCUGGCCACCCCUACCACGUGACGAUCCCCACCACCAGCUUAUGACGUCCGGCGCCGUGCCCCCUGAGUCCCCCCCGCGCCCGGGCCUCCCUGAAGGGCUCGGAGCCCCGCGUCAGCUUCAUCUUCAGGACCACCAGGGCCUCGUCCGCCGGCGGCGCCGCCAGUGCCAUGACCCCGACCCACAACGACAGCAUAUCCUGGGAGACAGAGAAGAGAGACAUGAAGAAGAAGCUGAAGUCCGGAAGGGCGCGGAGGAAGGGCAGGAAGGAGAACCCCGAGGGGUCCCAGAGGGGCGGCUCCGAGGACGGCGGCAGCGGCUGCAGCCUCAGAGGGGUGUCGUCGGGCACGAUUGACGCGGACAUCCACACGUGGUCCACCAACAUGACCGACUACGACGGCGGGGCGUCCUGCUCCUCCUCCAGCGCCCUCCGCACCUCCCACCCGUCCAUCCACGCCCUCGACCACGCGCGCCCCACUUCGCCUCGGGAGGAGUACGAGCCCCACCUCUCCGUAGGGUGAGCGGCCGGCCUCCCGGUCCCACAGCGACCGACAGGAUUGGACAAACAGGAUGUGAAAUGUCUACCUAAUACCUUGCUAUUCUAGCUCUGCAUUCCUCGCCCCCUCUGCGUCUCCAAUCCUUUUCUUCGUUUGAAAUCGUCCUAUGAACAUACCUCGCUUCUCCUGUGGGAUGAGUGAUCUUGCCCUGUUACCGAUUCCGUUUCUUCUCUCUUAAUUAAGCUAGUUUAUAGAAAGGAAACAGUGUUUUACAUCUGUUCAUUUGUAUGAAAUGGUUUGCUCAUGAAGAUACAAGGUAGAUCCUAUAUUGCAAAAAAAAGUAAUAAAGUAAUGCAUUAUCGUCGCAGAUAAGUUCCAAAAUGGCGAUAUUUUAAUGGUAAGAUUUCUCCACACACAGAAAGAAAAAAAAAACAUACUUAAAGAGAAUAAAUACAACAAAAACACACUGACGCCUAACACAGGAAUCAGUUUUAUCAUAUUAGGCAUUAUAUGGAUUUCAAAAAGACUUGCCAGAGAGAAGGAUAAGUGAAAUUCUUGAUACUUCGAGCAUAGAAAAGAAUCGCACAAAUCUUUUGUAAUUUUGUAUGUACUGAAUAAAAAAUACAGUGGUUGAGGUGGGUCUUCAAGUUCAUGUGUUGACCCAUUAGUUCGGAAGCUGUACAUAAUGUCUUUUCUAAAGCGCUGCACUCGUGUAUUUUAGAGGAGA